CUUCCCUUUUUGUUUUUGUGAUGUGUUCCCUCCAACACUCUCAUACUCUAUUUCAGGACUUACGCAGAGAGACACUGUGAGGAAUCACUCUUAGAGAGAGAGAGAGAGAGAGAGAGAGGGAGAGAGAGAUGGCAACUUCAGGUGUACCAGACAUCAAUGUCGUUGCUCUUUGCGGUUCCCUCCGCAAAGCUUCCUACCAUCGUGGGCUCAUCCGCUCUGCAAUCCAGAUAUCACAGGAGUCUGUUAAGGGAAUGAAGAUUGAGUACGUCGACAUUACACCACUUCCUUUCAUCAACACCGAUCUUGAGGUCAACGGUACUUUCCCUCCAGUAGUAGAGACCUUCCGUCAGAAAAUCCUUGCUGCCGAUUGCUUUCUCUUUGCUUCGCCUGAGUACAACUACUCUAUUUCCCCUCCUCUGAAGAACGCAAUUGACUGGGCAUCUAGACCUCCAAAUGUUUGGGCUGGUAAGCGAGCUGCCAUUGUAAGCACUGGAGGAAAUUUUGGUGGAGGAAGAGGGCAGUACCAUUUGCGCCAAAUUGGGGUUUAUCUUGAUAUGCAUUUCAUAAACAAGCCGGAGUUUUUCGCAUAUGCAUUCCAACCUCCACAGAAGUUUGAUGGUGAAGGCAACUUAUUGGAUGCUGAUACGAAGCAGAGGUUAAAGGAGGUUCUUUUAUCAUUGCAGGCAUUUACUUUGGAAUCCAAGAGCAAGUGAAUAAAUUUGUGCAAGACAAAAUCCCAAGUCCAUAGAUACAACAGUUCUGAAAUUGUUAGUCGAUUGUUUCUUCAGCUGAAAUAAGGAAAACCUGAAAAUAAUCUUUCCUGUAACCAGUGAUUACAUUUGGCUUUGGAAUUUUUUAUGGGAACAUUUGAAUUGAAUUUGGAUUUAUGAUGGUAA